UUGAUAGAGGGUUUUAUUUUGCAUUAAUAAAGAGAGAGAGAGAGAGAGAAAGUAGCUGAGAAUGAAUUAGGGAUAACGGACUCCGAUGAUCCAUCAUUCCUAUAAUAAGACUUUGACCUGCCACGUCACUGAUUCAUUAUCAUCAGAAACGCCGCCGUCUGAUGUUCCAAAGCUGAGACGGGGGGCGAUAGCGAGAGACUUGAGAGAGCAUGGAGAAGCGAAUUAGAUCAGAUGAUUCCGACGAGUCAGAAGAACUUCGAUCUGACAAGCGACGUAAUACGAGGAAGAAAGAUACGGAUGGUGUGAGCAUAGGCUCUCCGAGCUCUGAGGGAAUAGGUAGAGGUAGAGGAAAAGGAAGAGGGAGAGGAAGAGGGAGAGGAAGAAAAUCUGACGGUGGGGAUAAUUCGAAGCGAAUUGGAUCAGAUGAUUCCAACGACUCAGAUAGGCUCAAAGAACAUAGAUCUGAAGGUGUUGUGAGCAUAGAAUCUCUGAGUUCUGAGGGCCAGGGAAGAGGGAGAGGGAGAGGGAGAGGGAGAAAAUCUGACGGUGGAGAGGGCUCGAGGCGAACUGCUGAAAGAAGAGGGAGAGAGAGAGUCGUGUCUACGCCCAACAAGGAUGAUAACUCUGAUGGAACAAAAAAGUAUGUGGGUUUGACUUGCCAUCAGUGCAAGAACCUAACGGAUAAGGUUGAUCUCGUCUUCUGUUCUAAAUGCAUCAAGAAGCGCUAUUGCUAUGACUGCAUCAAGCGAUGGUAUCCAGAGAGAACGCCUGAGGAAGUUAGAGAUGCAUGUCCUUUCUGUGUCGGGAAUUGCAACUGCAGAGCUUGUUUGCGUCAGCCUUUGCUUGUCAAGCAACCAAGUGAGAAGGACGCUAAUGUCAAGCUCAAGCAGUUGCAGUACCUAUUAGUUAAAGCUCUUCCUGUUCUUAGGGAUAUUUAUGCAGAGCAAAACCGUGAAUUAGAGGUUGAAUCAGCAAUUAGAGGAGUCCCUGUGACAGAAUCUGAUAUUACUAGGUCCGAACUUCAUCCUAGUGAACGCAUAUACUGUGACCUGUGCAGCACAUCCAUCGCCAAUUUUCACAGAAGCUGUCUGAACCCAGAUUGCUCUUCCGACAUUUGUCUUUCUUGCUGCAAGGAACUUAGAGAGAGUUCACAUGAUGAGAAGGGAGAUGGGGAGAACUUGUCUGACUGGAAGCUUAAUCCUGACGGUAGCAUUCCAUGCCCUCCCAAAGAGCGUCGUGGCUGUGGCACUUCAACUCUGGAGUUGAGACGUUUGUGCGAAUGUGAUAGGGUUGAAAAGCUGAUAACGAAUGCAGAGGAAGUUACUCUGCAGUUUAGGCCACCAGAUGUGAAUAUUGCUCAUGAAUGUUCCUCAUGCACUUCCAUCAUCAGUAGGCAGGCGGCGUUCAGGAAGAAUGGUCAUGAUAACUUUUUGUACUGCCCAAAUGCUGUUGAUCUGGCUGAAGGCGACAUUGCUCAUUUUCAGUCGCAUUGGAUGAGGGCGGAACCUGUGAUAGUCAGAAAUGUUCUCGACAAGACACCUGGACUAAGUUGGGAUCCAAUGGUUAUGUGGAGGGCUUGUAGGGAAAUGGAUCCAAAAGCUAAAUGCAAAGAAGAGGCAAAAAGCGUGAAAGCUUUGGAUUGCUUGGACUGGUGUGAGGUUGAAAUAAAUAUUCAUCAGUUUUUUCAAGGCUACUUGAAAGGCCGCCAGGAUUCCAGUGGUAUGCCAGUAAUGUUGAAGUUAAAGGAUUGGCCUCCUUCAACUUUAUUUGAAGAGCGCCUUCCAAGGCAUAAUGCUGAGUUUAUUUCUUCCUUACCUUUCUCGGAUUACACUGACCCAAAGUCAGGUCUCUUGAAUCUGGCAACAAGACUUCCUGAAGAAUCCUUGAAGCCAGAUCUUGGACCCAAGACAUACAUUGCAUACGGUUUCCCUGAAGAGCUUGAUGGAGGAGAUUCUGUGACAAAACUACAUUGUGAUAUGUCCGACGCGGUCAAUGUGCUGACACACACAGCUAAAGUUGAUAUACCUUCCUGGCAACACAAACUUGUAAAAAAAGCAAAGUUGCGUAAACAACAGUCUGGUCAAGAGACAGAAGCCAGUGAAUGUGAAAACAAGUCAGUGAAAGAAGUAGUGAAUGAGGAAGCUGCUUUAAAGAAAUGGGAUGGUCUUGUGGGAGAAGAGACUUUAAAGGACAAGGCAGCUAACGAAGAACCAUCAAAUAGCAGCUCGAGACCGUCCAGCUCACAAGAAGUUGAUAAGAUGUUUGUUUCAAAAGGUGAAUGUACCAAAACUGAAAGAGAUGAUCCUGUGGAAGGGUCUUGUAGUUCGAAGUCAGGUCAUGAUCCAAAGGCGGAUGCUGGUUUGAUAAACGAACCAAUCGCUGGUGAGAAUAAUAGUGAAGUAUGUUUGAAGACGGAGAGAUUAUCUCCAACGAACCAGAGUGAAGAUGAUCCCACGGUGGAGAACGGACUUAUGAUGCCAACAGCUCUUUCAACUGCCCCGUUGGACACAGAUGGUAGUCUCCCGCAGCCUGUGGAAUCCAUAAAAGAGGAGAAACUGGAUUCUCCAAAGGAAACUGAGGGCAAUGUCACUCAGAGUUUGGAUGGUAGUACAAGUGCGGAGUCCAUACAAGAGCAGAAACAUGAUGCUCCAAAAGAAACUAAUGGCAAUGCCAAUGAGAGUUCAGAGGCUGUGCAUGGUGGUGCUGUGUGGGACAUCUUUCGAAGAGAGGAUGUUCCAAAACUUAUUGAGUAUUUGGAAAGACACAAGCAUGAGUUUCGCCAUUUCUUUAACGAACCUGUGGAAUCUGUUACUCACCCAAUUCAUGACCAGACCUUGUUCUUGACUGAAAGCCAGAAGAAACAGCUGAAAGAGGAGUUCGAUAUAGAGCCAUGGACAUUUGUGCAACACCUCGGCGAAGCUGUUUUUAUCCCUGCAGGUUGUCCUCACCAAGUUAGAAAUAUACAGUCAUGCAUAAAGGUGGCACUAGAUUUUGUUGCUCCUGAAAGCUUAGAGGAGUGCCUUAGGCUAACACAGGAGUUCCGGAGACUACCAAAAGACCACAGAUCCAAUGAAGAUAAACUAGAGCUUAAGAAAAUAGUGCUGCAUGCUGCCAGCUCAGCCAUAAGAGAGGCACAAGAUCUAAUGCAAAACUCCAUGACAGAAUGAUGCUAACAAAAGACUCACUGUAGGAAGAAGACAUCAAGGUCUACAUUGUAGGACUUGGUUUCUUCCCAAAGAUCAAAGUCAGACGACAGCCCUCUGUUUGCUUUGUCAGGGAACAAACUCCCGUGUAACAUUAUUGUAUCAGUAAAACGAUUCUGUGGCAUUUAUUUAUAUAACAUUGUAUCAGUAAACUAUUUGGUGGCAUUUUACUUAUGUAACAUUAGAACAAAGAUCCUUCCAUCUUA